CAUGGCGUCCACUCUGUGGAAAGCGCUGAGUAGCCCAUGGCUGUCUGUGAAUAUCUACCAGAUUGGCCAAUUUGUUGCAUUACUAUGCGUGGUGCUGCUCCUACUAAAAGCCUAUGCGCUCUAUAGCAGGGGGAGGAGAUUUGCCGCAGCUCUAGUCCCCUUCCCCGGACCUCCAGCUCACUGGCUGUAUGGACAUGUCAAUCAGUUUCGUCGUGAUGGAAAAGAUCUUGAUAGGUUAAUGGUGUGGGUGAAUAAAUAUCCAAACGCCUUUCCUUUGUGGAUUGGAAAAUUCUUUGGCACUCUUAUCAUCACUGACCCAGACUAUGCAAAGGUUGUAUUUGGAAGAUCAGAUCCCAAAACAUCUACUGGGUAUAAUUUUCUGGUUCCAUGGAUUGGGAAAGGGCUGCUCAUUCUUUCUGGGAAUACUUGGUUCCAACAUCGUAGACUGAUCACCCCAGGGUUUCAUUACGAUGUUCUGAAACCUUAUGUCAGUCUCAUAUCUGAUUCCACAAAAAUCAUGCUGGAUGAAUUGGAUGUCUAUAGCAAUAAGGAUGAAUCCGUGGAGCUAUUCCAGCAUGUCAGCUUAAUGACACUGGACAGCAUCAUGAAAUGUGCCUUCAGUUACCAUAGUAACUGUCAGACCGACAAAGAUAAUGACUACAUUCAAGCUGUAUAUGAUCUGUCCUGGUUGACUCAGCAGCGGAUUCGCACCUUUCCUUAUCACAGUAACCUAAUAUAUUUUCUGAGUCCUCAUGGUUUCCGUUUUCGCAAAGCCUGCAGAAUAGCACAUCUCCACACUGAUAAAGUUAUUGGACAGAGGAAAAAGCUCUUGGAAAGCAAGGAAGAGUUGGAAAAGGUCCAAAAGAAGAGGCACUUGGAUUUUCUAGACAUUCUUCUCUGUUCCAAGGAUGAAAAUGGGCAAGGUCUUACUCAUGAGGAUCUGCGUGCUGAGGUAGACACAUUCAUGUUUGAGGGACAUGAUACCACAUCUAGUGGAAUAUCCUGGAUCUUAUAUUGUAUGGCUACACAUCCAGAACACCAGCAGAAAUGCCGGGAGGAGAUCAGUGAAGCCUUGGGGGAGCGGCAAACCAUGGAAUGGGAUGACCUUAACAGGAUGCCUUAUACCACAAUGUGCAUUAAGGAAAGUCUGCGCCUAUAUCCUCCAGUCCCAUCCGUAUCCAGGGAGCUUGCCAAACCAAUAACAUUCCAUGAUGGACGGUCAUUACCAGCAGGUAUGUUGGUGAGUCUACAGAUUUAUGCUAUUCACCGAAAUCCCAAUGUGUGGAAGGAUCCAGAGAUAUUUGAUCCUCUCCGAUUUUCGCCAGAAAAUUCUUCCAAGAGGCAUUCCCAUGCUUUUGUGCCUUUUGCUGCAGGACCAAGGAACUGCAUCGGACAGAACUUUGCUAUGAAUGAGAUGAAAGUGGCUGUUGCACUGACUCUGAAACGCUUUGAGCUGUCACCAGAUCUUUCCAAGCCUCCCCUCAAGCAGCCACAACUUGUUCUGCGCUCCAAAAAUGGUAUCCACGUGUAUCUGAAAAAAGCAAGUUGACCUGGAAAACAAGUCAACAAGAUUAGGGCAAAUGACCCAGGGCAUUCGGUCUGGCAUGGUCCAGUCCUGGUUUUAGUUUUUAAUAAGAUCUCACUAGUCUUGGAAAAGCCUAACUUGAAUCAUUUGUAACAAUAUACAUCACCAGAAUACUCAUUUAAGGGCUGUUUAAGAAAGGUGUGCAAUCACAUGGUGGUAGUUGCAUUUGAAUAGCAAAGAUCAAAUACUGCUUUCAGUUGCAAUUACAUUAAUAAAUAACUUUAAAUUAUCGUAUAUUGGGAAGUGGCUUAGAAGUACUUUUGCUUUCACUCUGCAGCUUAAUUAAAGGAGCUGUAAACCCAAAUGAAUAAACUGUCCUCAGAUUUAUAUGAUGUUAUGUUGUAAAUAGUAACUACUGUUUUUAAACAUUUUAAACUGUGUUCAUUAUUAUAACUUAGUGAACAUUUGUUUCUCCAAUAUGUUGGUAAAUUUUGUAGCUACAGUUAAAGGCCUGGUUGGGCCUGCUUUCCUGUUCAGAUCUUGGAUCCUAAACUGUUCCUGUUCCAUGCUCAGAAAUGACAAAAGUAAAACCGUUUUCUGUAUAAUUAAAUAAUCUUUUUUAUUCCCUCA